CCGGUCCCUUUUAAAGACAGGAAAAAACGGAUUUUGAAACGAGCAAGACAAAAUUUAGAAAAAUAUAAACAAGGAGAGGUAUUUAUUUGGCUCGCGAUCGUCAUUUCGAUUCACCUGGUUUCUUCUCCGCCGUAAUCAUGACAACUUCAAAGAGACUAGCAGACAGGAAGAUAGAGAAGUUUGACAAGAACAUUACAAAAAGAGGUUUUGUUCCAGAGACCACCACCAAGAAAGGCAAAGAUUACCCUGUCGGUCCCAUCCUUCUCGGCUUCUUUGUCUUCGUCGUCAUUGGAUCUUCGCUCUUCCAGAUCAUCAGGACCGCAACUAGCGGAGGCAUGGCAUAAACCGAAUCGCAGAAGAAGCAGUUUUCAGAAUGAAUAUCUCCUUUUCUGACUUGUCUCCUUUUCCUUUAUACAUUACUGUAGAAUGCGUUAAUUUAUGUGGUUAUACUACAUGUUAUGAACAAUUUUUGAGUGUAUUUCAAAACAAAUAUAUCCAAUCUUUGAUAUUGUCCUGAAGUUAGUUGCCAUUGUUGUUAUGCUUCU